AUGCGAAAGGAGGAUGGAGUUCUUGGACUGCUGGUCUACUAGAUGCAUCUCUCAGUCCACCUAGUUCAAACCAGCGCGCUCCGACGUUUGGAUCCGUCACGAUCUCACCCCGUCUACAACACGCCAGUUUGUUAAAGCAAUUGGCGAGACCUCAUCAGAGACGAAAGAUCCUCUUUUGCCAGCUCCGGACUUUAGAAUCCCGAUGCAACACCCCAACCGUCCUAUGCUUAUUGCUACCCUUACGCCAAGUUACGGCGGACUAAGUUUAGGCGAGCCACCACCCAGGCAUCUUACGUUAUCAUACGACGACUAUGAGCAUUGGCGGUAGGAUCGGCGGGAUAGGAGGGCCGUCCCCCUCGCUCGAAAGUAAGCAAACUACUCCGACGAUGUCUCGCUUUGCGUCGUCGUCCCCACUUUCUGCUCACAUGUGGGGAGACACUGAAGCUGUCAGCCCCCACUCUUUGGAACAAAGCGGAGCGAACACUGCGCACGUACCAAAGACCGUUCUCGCUUCACUGCUGAACUUGUCUUGUCUGCGCUCACCACACCGGAGGAUAUUUCUCAGUUUGAGGGCGAUUGCCCGCGAACUCCUCUGUAACUACAACUUUACCAUUGCGCACGAUAGCGUCUACAGCGACUACGAGAUUCUCGAGUUGGAGCUUUACCUGCAAAAGUCUGGGUGUCAUGAGGAUCUCUUUACACUUGGAAACUUCGAGCAUGAACAACGUGACCAAUAAUACGGUCGGAACAGGCACAUCAGCAGAGACCAUCAUCGCCGGCUUCCUUAACCCCAACCGUCCCGAAGUCACCGGUGGCACCUAUCUUAGACCCUGGCCACAUG